AUGCAUUGCAUAUCUGUUGCAGUAUGCCCAACUAAUGCUAAUUGCUACGGUGGUCAAACAUGUUUGCAUAAUGGAUGUUAUUAUGGUACAACAGCAUAUAACACUGGGACACAAUCAUGUAGCUCAACGGAACAAUGUCCCGGUGAUCAAUUAUGUAUCAAUAAUUUUUGCUUACCAAGUAAUAUCGCAGAACUUGGAACUCAAAAUCAACCAAUGCUUAUAGCCUGCUCAACUGGUGCACCAUGUCCUGUAGGCUAUUAUUGUGUUAAUGGAUUUUGUGUUCGAAAUGCUCUAACAUCAACUUUUGCAUGUUCACGAGGCUUAUGUCCACCACGUAUGGUAUGCUACAUGGGACGUUGCACAAGUUCAAGCUUUUUUGGAAAAUGA